UUCAUUUAAUGCAAAGAAUAUUAUUUGUAGGCAAUGAAUAGUGUCAUGAAUAAAUUAUUACAGAGUGCAGUUCGUUGCUCGAGAUUAAAUUGUCAGAAGAAAAAAUUUCUGUUUACAUCUUCGAUAGAUAGAUCGGAACAGCAUGCAUCAGCUCAAUUUGAUCCGAGUAAAAUUAAAUCGCAUUUGUGCAACGACUUGCGGUUAAAAAUUAAAAUGUCCGGCCCAAUUAGCGUCGCCGAGUACAUGAAGCAGGUCCUCACGCAUCCUACAAAAGGUUAUUACAUAAGUAAGGAUGUUUUUGGCUCUGACGGCGACUUCACAACUUCGCCCGAAAUAAGUCAAUUAUUUGGAGAAAUGAUCGGAGUUUGGAUUAUUUAUGAGUGCCACAAAUUCCACAGAGAACCGUUUCAAAUUGUGGAGUUGGGGCCUGGACGUGGCACCUUGUCAAGAGACAUCCUCAGAGUAGUCAAGCAACUCAAGAAAAGUCAUCUAGUAUCUCUGCAUUUGGUGGAAGUCAGUCCAGUAUUAGCAGAAAUUCAACGAAAAACUCUCUGCCCAUCGGAAAGUACAGAUGAUGUCAAUGAUUCUGGAAAGUAUUACAAAAGAGGAAAAACACCGGAUAAUGUGGAAGUAUUUUGGUAUAAGUCAAUUCUUGACAUCCCAGAAGGUUUUAGUGUUUUUGUUGCUCAAGAAUUUUUCGAUGCAUUACCGAUUCAUAAAUUUCAAAAAACUAAAGAUGGAUGGUUUGAACUUUUAGUAGACAUAGAUCCAGCAAGGGCAUCCGAAGAAAAAUUCAGAUUUGUAUUGUCCAAUACAAGUGCCUGCGAUGCACUAAUAGACAAAGACGAAAAGAGAGAACAUGUUGAGAUUAGCUUAGAAGCAAUGAAUGUCAUAAGAUACAUUUCAACAGCUAUAACUCAGAAUGGGGGAUUUUCAUUAAUUAUUGAUUAUGGUCAUAGUGGUGAUAGAACAGACACAUUCAGAGCCUUCCGACAACAUCAACAGUGUGACCCCUUGUCAGAACCAGGCACAGCAGAUUUGACAGCUGAUGUAGAUUUUUCCUUGCUGCAAAAAGUAGCACAGCAAUCACAUGAUUUAUUAUGCUUUGGCCCAGUAACUCAAAGAGAUUUUUUAAUAGAGCUAGGUAUAAAUAUGCGUUUGGCAAAACUCUGUCAAACUGCCUCCAAGAAAGAAAUGAAACAGUUGGAGCUAGGAUACAAAAAAAUUAUUGGAGAGGACGAAAUGGGCAACUGUUUCAAAGUUGUUUCCAUGUUUCCUCGUGUGUUAGAGGAGUUCUUGCAAAAAUCGCCGGUUUCUGGUUUCAAGACUCAUGGGUUGGAAGAGUCAAAACAAUGA